UUGAUUAGAUGUUUUUUUUUUAAACAAAUACCAUUUCAUUGCAGUAACUCUGAUCCAACCCAUCCAUAUGUAUUCUCAGGCCAACAUUGUGGAGGUGCAGCAGGCCAGUCUUCAGCUGCAGAGGGCCAGACCUGCAGUACUGCUAGCUCCACUGGAUGACGAAAGACACAGCAUUCAGACCACAAUGCAGUCUUUAGGGCAGAGGUGGCCCUACAACCAGCAGUACCACAGCACUACAGUCGACCCCCAGGAGGUAGAGGCUGAGCGGAAGGCUAGGGAGGCCCAGAGGAGGGCAGCCUGGAGGACCCAUGAUGGCUUCCUCUACCCAGGCUUCAGGAGUUCCAUCGAGGCCAACGAACACCCCAGACACCCCGAUGAGGCCCGCAGGGACGAACUCAGGAAGCCUUGGAGAGAGAAUGUGCUCCAUGGCAACACCCAGAGACCCACACUGCCUCAGAGAGACAUCCGACCCUGGCUACACCGCUACAAUGACAUGGAGCUCUACAUCACACCCCCACCAGUCUUGAGUCCUGUCCCCCCUGUUACUAUACACCUGGCAGGAGAGCGUCUGCAGAGGGAGCAGCUGCAGGGAGCCCAGUCUCAGUACUACCGCUGGCUGAGGAAGGUGCUGCCUGACGCAGGACACACUCCCGCGCCAAACUGCAGCCACGUGCGAGUCCCACAGUUCAGCUGCCACAUGGGUGGGGCCGACCCAGGGAAGCUGCAUGAUAUACUGAAGGAUCGACCAAUGAAAUACUCCCUCAGGAAACCUGGCCUCACCCUCAAGCCCAUGCCGGUACUGUCAGUACUGCAACAACCCCAGCAGGUCUCCAGGUCAGGCCGUAUGGCGGUGGUGAGAGAGGAGAGCUCGUCCUUCGCCCCAGGACCGUUCCCGGAACACAGUCUGAGCUGGGAUAAGAACACCAUCCCCCGACAACCCUCACACUACAACAAGUACCACUUUACGUAAGUUACCAUGACCACCCUCACUACAACAAGCAACACAUCACAUACAUUACCACGACAACCAUCACACUACAACAAGUAACACAUUAUGUACAGUAUGUUACCUAAAGCUAACACUUCCCCCUAGCCUAACCCCUAACCCUCCUGACACUAC